AUGGUUUACUACCACACCUCCGGAAACGUAAAACUGCUAAGAAAUAUUAUCAUUGACUAUGGAGCUGCUAGCGAGGUGUCACCAUACGAAUAUAUGAAAAGUUAUAUAGAAAAAUGUCCAGAAACUACUGAGGAUACAAAACUAUCAUGGAUAGCAGAAACAUUUUUGAGUUUCCAAAGACAUCGCACGUUCUUGCAGGAGAUAGCUUCCCAUUUACACGAAGAGCUUACAGAUGAGGAUCAAGAUUAUUUCAUGAUCAUACUCCACGCAGUCACUUUUCAAUGUGUGCCAAAAGACAUGCAGCUACUUUACAAGUGUCUCUUCAACUUAAGCAAGCCUCUGUUGAAUACUUUCACAAAGUUUUUAAGCAACAAUGAAGUAUUAACAUUUAUAUCGCAAGUCGCUCAAUCUAGCUAUGACACGAAUUUCAUAACUGAAAAAAUUAUUGGACCACUUUUUGAAUGGCAGCCUUACAUUAGUGAUAUGGCUCAUAGCUAUGCUGAGCAUGUAAAGAAGAUGGAAAAUAGGAAGAUAAAACCACUCACAGUACCUGUUCAACCCAAUGUAUUAAACCGCAAAGGUAAAGAAUAUAUUCCCCCACCAGUUCAGCCAGGUUUUUUCCCAGCAACUCCUCCAAACUCUAUGCUUAACAAAAAGAAAAGGAUGUUAACAAAAACUGCUAUUGAUCAAAAAUUGAAACAAAUUCACGAAAAGAACAAACAAAAAGCAGCUCAUUUGUUAAAUGACGUUAAAAACAAAGAUUUUCAUUAUGCUCAACUUAAAUCUGAUAGAUAUUAUAAAAGACUCUCCAGUAUCAGAGACGAAAUAGAAAUCGAGAACACAAAAGCAAAGCCCAGACAAAAUUCUAUAUUUAAAGCUAGUCCUCCACCAGUAAAAGAGACUGCUACUACUAUAAAAAGAAUGAACAAAAGAAUACAAUUAGCAGAAGAAGACGAAGUGCAAUGGUUACACAAUGUAAUGAAAUGUUGUAGAAAUACUGUCAAAAUUGAUGAAAUAACGGAACAUGACAGACAAGAAAAAGAAAGGGAAAGGUUGCUUGAUAUAGAAAAGAAACAUUUGUUGGGUCAAAUUACAUACGAAGAAGCAUUACUCUCAAAAAAGAAAUUGCUAGAAGAAAACAAAAAGAAAUAUGAAGAAUUUUUGAAGGAAAAGGAGGCCUGGAAUGAAGAAAUAGAACGGUGGAGAAAAGUUGAAAUGGAAAAAAACCGCAAACAAGUAGAAAAACUUUCCAUGAUAGAACUGAGCCUAUUGCAAGCCAAAAACGAUAUCGCUGCGAAAAAGAAAGAAUCAGCUGAUAAAGUAAAGAAAGAAACCGAAAUGAUAUUAGCAAAAGCUAUUCAAGAAAAACAAGAACAACUAGAGCGUAGGGUCAAUAUGAUCAAAGAAAUAAAAAUAUUAGCCAUGAUUGCUAGGAAAGCUAGAGUGCCUAAAAUAAUAGAUCUGACGGAAACAUCCGGACUGGGUUUGCUUUGUGAAAUGUCGAUGGCAGAGUUACAGGAACGGUUAAAUGCCAUGAAAAUAGAAUUAAAGGACGAAAUAGAAACAAAGAGAACGCUUAUUAGAGAUGAAAAUAAAGCUGCGAAGCAAGACCUGGAGGAAACAAAGACAACUAUCAAGAAUUAUCUGAGUGAGCAAACAAUGCUACGAAAACGUAACAGAAAGUCCAAUCUGACUCUCGUGAAGUCGACUUCAUCUAAAGAAGUGACUGAUUUGAAAAAGAUCUUAGAGGAGAAACGAAAGAUGCGAAUCAAGUUGUGUACAUGA